AAAAAUUGCUUAUAAGUCCCAGGUCAAAAGUCUCUUAUUUUGCAAAUUGUGGACCUUCUCUUGAUUAAUGGUGGAUAAGAUUGUUCACACACCCUAUUUAUUUAUCGACACUCCUCCAUGAAGGUUUUUUACUUUCAUUUCCUUACUCUCAAGUAAUAUUCAGACUAUUGAGUCAAUUGCUUCCUUUUUUAAUAUAUAAAUUCUUUAGAGGUUAACUAAUUCUAAUGACCUUGGACCCUGGUGGUGUAUAACUAAAGGAACUAUCACUCAAAUCUUCAAAAAGUUCAAAACUAAAGAACAAUAAUUUCGGAUAGCCUCAAAUCAAGAGCAGUCGGGACUUUGCAAAAUAAGAGACUUUUGACUGAUGGCCUGUAAGCAAUUUUUUUAGAACCUUAUCAAUGAGGUUCCCCAACCCAAUCUUAUUGAAUACUUUACCCACUUUCGUUUAUGAUAUAAUGAGAUAUCUCUUGAAGUCUUUGGGGUAGACAUAUUUUGGAUUUGUUUUGAAAUGAAAUUCCUCUUACCAACUUAUCCUUCUAUUGUAAUGUGCAUCUUAUCUACACACUUUGCUUACCGUGUGAAUGAAGUGUUUGAAUUGUGGAGCAACCAUUUUCGGGAGUGCUUUCCUUAAUUAUAUUACCUAAAGCUCAAUGUAUCAUAUUUUAGUUUUGUAAUUUCAGUCCUCCAAAAUCUGAAUAAUGUUGGCUCAACAUUUUCUUAGUAAGUCAUUCUUACAAAAUUUCCAAAAUUAGUUCUGUACCAUUUAUAUUUAAAAUUAUUUUUAGGUUUUUUAAUAAUUUUAUUUAAUAUUUAAUUAAACCGGCUGAACUCCGGUCGAACCAAUGAACUAUUGAACCAGUAACCUCACCGGUUUAUUGACCGGUCCGGUUCUCGCAACCUUGGUCACAGCCAUGAAAAGAAGACCCCCUGAAUGUGUGCAUGCAUGGCGUUUCACACGCCAGGGAGAGUGGGCAUGUAGAAUGGAAACGCCUUCGAUAUGGCGUAUGCGCAACACCUGAAAAAAUGUGGAUUCAUGCGUACGCAUGCUGCAUGCUGCAUGCAUACGCGCAAAAGUUGGAAAAAUGAGGGAUCAUGCGUACGCAUACUGCAUGCGUAUGCGCGAUUGAAGAAUUUUGACAUGGUCGUGCAUACGCAUACCUCAUGCGUACGCACGACCUAGUGAAGAGUAGGCGUUCCAAACACCAGGAAGAACAGGCGUUGAAGGCUUACACGCCUUUGACACUUAAAUGAAGGCUUGUAUUUGGCAAUAUAUAUGGAUGUUUAAUGCCACACUUUGGGUGUGUAACACGCCAUAUUUCACCUCAUAGGACCUUGUUGAUUGAGUGGUGUUCCACACGCCACAGCCCAACGUUACACGCUGGGCUAAUUUUGUUAAGUUAUUAACACUCCUUGGAAUGCAACACGAAGCCUGCUUCCCAACUACUGUUGUCAGCUUGUCUAUCAGCUCACCUGCUUCACGAAUACAGGGCUCCCAUGCACGCGUUGUAACUGCAUCCCAUCCACGUCAGAUCCAUACCUCUAGAUGUCUAACUCUAUCUAUACCAAAGUUCUAAAAAUCGGUUUGAAUCGAACCGCAAACCGAUAAAAAAGGUUUGGACAUAUGCCAAAACUGAAAAUUUAAGAAAUUGCCAUUAAACCGUCAAACCGGACGGAAAUCAAUCGGUCGAACCGAACCACGACUCGACCGGUUUUCUGAUUUCUCAAAACGCCGCCGUUUGGAUUGAGGAACUUACUAAGCAUUACCUAACGUCCCAACCCUAACUCUCCAAAACGGCAAACACGCGCAGCACUCCCAUCAGGCCAUCACCCUUCCUCUCAUCGUCAUUGAGCUCCUCCCUCACUUCCGUCGAGCCACCGGCAAGCUACCGCCGCCGUCGCAACUUGGAGCUUCGUAGCCACCGUCGCAACUUCGUUUCCCUCCAUCGUGCAGCCACGCUUGAGCUUCGAACCACCGUCGCCGGCCUGGCCUCCUGCCUCCGUCGCGCAACCACUUUCCCGCCGACGCCAGCUCUGUUCCACCGCGUCAGCCCUUCGGUCGUUCCCUGUCCCCUUCUUGCUGCUGAUCUGCUCUGCUCUGCUCUAGCAUCUAGUUCUAGGUAUUUUUUUUUAAACUAUAAUUGUUGAAUAAUUGUUGUUACUUGUUAGUUAAUCUGUGAACCUUUCAGGGUUAGUGGCAUUGCUUACAGAGUUUCUCUUUCCUUUUAUGCUCUGUUCUGACUUCUGAAUGUCUGAUUUGAGUGAUUUCUGAAAUCAUUGAUUUUAUGUUGUUAUGCUGCUGCUAUUUUUUUAAUUUUUUUUGCUGAUUGUUCUUGAUCUCUGAAUGUGAAAUCAUUGAUUUUAUGUUGUUAUGCUGCUGCUGUUUUUUUAAUUUUUGUUGCUGAUUGUUCUUGAUUUCUGAAUGUGAAAUCAUUGAUUUUGUGUUGUUAUGCUGCUGCUGCUGUUUUUUUAGAGUGAUUAUUUGUUGCUGUUUUUUAAUUUCUGUUGCUGAUUGUUCUUGAUUUCUGGCUCUGUUGUGCACUUAUGCUGUUGGUGUUUUUGAUUGGGUUUAUGAGAGCUGCUGUUUGUGGUUCUGCUGUGCUGCUGCUGCUUUGUGUUUUUGUUAAAUUUGUAGGUGAUUAUUUGAUUAUUCAGCUCAGGGUUGUGUGUUUUGUCAAUUAGUCUGACUUUAAUAUUAAUUAAGUGCUUUGUAGCUGUAUUUCUUUUUUAAAAUUUCUUUUCCAAUUUUGUAUUAUAGUGGAAAUUGGAAUGGAUUCUACAUUCUAGUACUCCACUCGUUAAUUGUUUCUGUAAAAAAUAAUUCAUACUAUCAAAUUUACUUAGUAAACUGUGCAAUGAACACAUUUUUAAGGUAAGAAAAAUAAAUUGAAGGCUGGGGGCGUGGGGUUAAUGAGGCAUAAAGGUCCUUUAAUUCAAUUUUGAAAAGAGUAAUACCCCAAAUAGGUCCCCAAGGAUUUGUUCGCACGACAGAUUUGUCCCCCAGAAAAAUUAACUAAGUCCCCAGUCCUCAAAAUUAUUAAAUAUGUGACAUAUACGUCCCUGCUCCAGGUUUAGCCGGUUAACUGAACACUCUCUCUCCUACGUGGAGGUGAUGAGUGUGACGUGUCAGGUUAAAGGCUUUCAGGACACUUUGGUCCCUGCACACGUGGCCAAAACGACGUCGUUUAAGACCUUUUCAAAACGACGUCGUUUUGAAUGGGACAGAUUAGUCCCCAACCUUUAUGAAAUGAACGAUUUAAAACAGCAGCGUUGUGAAUAGGGGAGAUGAACAUGAAAUUAGGUCUUCACUUUUUACCCCCUGUGCCUCCAACCCAUGUAUGUGAGAGAGAGUUUUUGGCUCUGAAGAAGAUGAUGGCUAGUGGAGGCAGCACGUCAGUUGCAAGUCGGAGAUGCGGUCGGAGAACUAUGGAUGAUGUCUUCAGUGUUGACAGCAGUUCGACUAGCGUCCGCAGGGGGCGACUUAGAAGAGGAGAACAUCCUAAGUGCAAGUGCAGGAUAUAUGCCGUAAUAUCCAGGUCUCGCACAACAGAAGUCCGAAUAAGCUGUUCUUUGGCUGUCCUCACUUCAAGGAAAAGCAAGAAUAUUGUGAUUUUUUUUGUAUGGUUUGAUGAGAUUUUUGGGUAUUUAGUGGAUGAUGUAGUUGAGAGCCGUAGAUUGGCCUCUGUGGAGACAUGCGUGGGUGAAGAAUUUGGUGCAAGUUUGGAUUAUUGCUUGGAAGAGAGAGUGAAACAAUUGGAGGAGAUGUUAAUAAAGAAGAAUGAAGAUAAUUCGAAACUCAAGAAGGACAGUGUUCUAAGGUUGUUUAGUAGUGUAAUAAUAGGUGCACUUAUAGUUGUGAUUCUGUUUUGUAUCUAUGUGGUGAUUAUUUAAGCAAUUGGCAUUGUAUCUUUGUUAGAAAAAUAUUGUAUUUGAAUGGAUCAUUUUAGUUAAAUGAAUAUUAGAAGUUGAUAAUAUUGC